AUGAGUUUGAAAUUUCUUCGACACCUUAUGACUGGUGUGGUGGCUGCUUCAGUAGGCAUUUACAGCUGCUGCUUUGUCGUUCGUCCCGGGGAGGCUGCCAUCCUUUAUAAUAAGAUUACUGGUCUUAAAGAUUCGGUUUACGGCGAAGGUAUGCAAUUUCGCAUUUUGGGCCUGGAUGACAUCAAGAUGUUUAACGUUCGUGUCCGGCCUCGGUUGCUGCAGACCAUGACGGGCACAAAGGACCUUCAAAUGGUAAACAUUCGUCUACGUGUCUUGUUCCGCCCACAAAUUGAGCGACUGCCGCAGAUCUAUCGUACCUUUGGAAUGGACUACGAUGAACGUAUUCUUCCUUCCAUCAGCAAUGAGAUCUUGAAGGCAGUUGUGGCAGAGUACAAGGCGGAAGAACUGAUUCAGAAGCGUGACGCGGUUUCUGCACGCAUCUAUCAGCUGAUGCAAGAGAAGGUGGCACAGUUUGGUCUUGUCCUGGAGGAUCUUUCACUGGUGGACAUUCAGUUUGGCAAGGAGUUCAUGAUUGCCGUGGAGCAAAAGCAGGUUGCUCAGCAGGAGGCGGAGCGUUUCCGUUACGUGGUUCAGGAGAAUGAACAGAAAAAGCGGGCGGCUAUUGUGCGGGCGGAGGGCGAGGCCGAGUCAGCGCGUCUCAUCUCGGAAGCGAUCAAACGUUCUGGCCAGGGCCUGCUGGAGCUGCGGCGUAUUGAGGCAGUAGUGGACAUUGCAUCGCAGCUGGUGCCGAUGAAAAAUGUGAUUUUUGUCCCAACCGAUGCCAAUUUGCUGCUUAACAUGAAGAACUUGGGUGGCUGA